CUCACUCCUUCCCUGACUGGCCUCCUGUGCUGGUCCGCGUGUGUGUGUGCUCGUUGAGUGUCGUGUUUUCGCCCUUUACUCGCUGUACCUGAAUCCCUCGGACCACUUCAGCUGUUCAGGGAGUAGGGGGCGCAAGUGAGUGAACCACUGACGCCUGACGAGGUUGUGAGGACGGGAGGCAAAACCAAGCCGGACCACAAUGGAUCAGUUACAUCAGGGCAUCUCUUGCUACGCCAUUGGGACCCAGUGAAGCGAGAGACCAAGUUAAUCCUGGUGUUUUCUCAAAGCCCACUCCGCGCCUACCGUAUAAAUAGCCCCUGAAUAAGCCCCAAUGGAUAAUAGUGAGAGACAGAGAUACACCGGAGAGAUUGCCGCUGGAACAAAGAUGAGACCCACGCGAUGGUUGAGUUCCGGUAAACGUUGAUGACUUUAUAGAGCUGAAAUACGUAAAACAAACAGCAGAAAACUUGUAUGCUCAGAAUGAUACUUAAAAUGUGCAUCGCCUCAUUUUAUUUCCCCAAAGAAGGCACAGCAAAUAUUAAGACAACGAAUCAUGAGUGAGCGUUGUUUUAGUGAUCAGGAAAGUGACAAUGAAGAAAAGAAAUGGUGAAUGUGGACAAAUUAACAUACUUAUCAUUAUCAUAGUUCAAUCUUAAAUCCAUCACCAAAUUCUUACGUAUUCAUAAUCAAUUCAUCAAGUUCACAAUCUUAACUUCCAAGACUCAAAGUUUAAAAUGCUGAAGUCUCCCAUAUAACUAAAGAGAACGGGAUAAAGAGACGCCCUAUCAUUUCAAGACAUUACCUGUGUGAACUGUUUGGACCCCACUGUCCCGCCCGCCCUCGAGGAACAAGACAGUAACGGGAGCGAAGUUACGAACAGUCCCGAGAGCCAAGACAGUGCUGAGGGAUGGCUGCAGCGGUGGUGGCGGUGGUGAGCGUGUUGCUGGGGACGGCUGAGACAUUUACGGAGGCGGGCCUGAGGAAGACACACGCCACCAGGAGACUCUUCGCCCCGCCAGGAAGCCUCACAGCCUCGCUCUUCCUGCAGGAAAAUGCCAUGGCGGUGACGUUCGCCCCGGAGAGCCUGCCCGUGCCCUUGCCGCCCCGUAGAAGAUUCAGGAGGUCAGAGGCGUUGAUGCGAGCGGCCAAGACGAUAGAGGGCAUGGUAAAGGUAAUGGAGGACAAAGACGCCGCUGGGGUGCCCGAAGAUCCACUCAAGACUGAACUGAUGCUUCUGUCCCAAGAGAUUCACUCCACUCUGACGUCUGACGAGGACAAGGACAACACCAGCACUCUGACGAACUUCAUCAAUGACUCGUCCGGCCCUGUCCUUAACAACCCUAAGGAACCGGACGUAGUGGUGGAGAUAGACGAGGACACCACUGACGUCUCCGCGAACGCCACAGCCCAAGUGUUCCUGGAUAGAGUCAAAGAAAUCUUGGAGGGAAGCGGCAUUGAACUCGUCCUUCCUGUUGACUGUGGGCGGAACCCGUUACAACCGCGUGACCAGCUGGGGACGACCGAGCUCCCGUGGCUAGUGGCUCUGGGCUCAAGGGAGGACGGCCGCUUCUUCUACCGCUGCCCGGGCCUCAUCGUCACUAACUUCCACGUGCUCACUGACGCUGACUGCACCGCCUCGCCCAACAUAAAUGUGGUGCACGUGAGCCGGUCUGGGCAGUUACCUGACGAAGAGGCGACGGAGAACUUCGUGGUGGGGCGCAGGAUCCACCCGGACAUCACCACCCUGACGGACCUCUUCCUGGGCGUCAAUGUGGGCCUGCUGGAACUAGCUGAGCCUUUCCUCUUCCGCGAUGACAUCCAGCCCGUGUGUCUGCCGGGGAUACUGGAGGAGCCGGACCCUCUCACUGCCUUCAGGGGCGUCGUGGCAGGAUACACCGUCAUUCCAGAGCGACCCGCCACUUUACCAAGCAAGGCAGGGCGUGACGCGGAGGUGUACGUUAAGGAGGCGAGCGUGUAUGGCCCCGUGUGGUGUCGUAGUGGGGUGCUCAGUGCCGACGGGAACCCCAACAACACCGCGACCCUCCUGCAAGUGCUGAAUGAGAAACACGUCUGCGCUUCUGUAGAUUUUGUUGAGACGGGGAAGGCGGUACUGCUGGUGGAGGACGGCAGGACAGGGCGGGUGAGGGUGAUGGGCGUGGGGGCCUUCGCUAACACGGCGCACACCUACCCAGUCGUGUUUACCCUCGUGCAGCCUCACCGCUUCUGGGUGGAAGUCACACUUAAGCGGUUCCUGGACAACACAGCCUCGCGCGUCACCCUCGAGGAGCCAGAAGAGAACUUUGCGGUCUGAGCCAACAGCCAGGUAGGGGUGACUCUGGUGCCAGCUCAUGCCCCCCACAACCUGCAGAAGAGGACACCAAACCUCAUAAGACACAAGAAAAUAAGGGAAGCUGCAGGAAGCCAUCAGGCCUAUACAUGGCAGUCCUUAUCCCAUAAGACACAUCACACUCACAAGGAAGCAGGGAGGCAGGAAUCAGAAAGGGAUGGUAGUAUAGCUACUUUUCUUUCCUGUAGGUGUAGUGAAAUAAUGGUGGAAGAGACAGAUAGGGUAUACAGAAUGAAAAAAACAAGGAAAUAUGGAGACUGCAAAGGGCAAGUUAAUGUAAGAUAACAGAACAUAAGAAAAUAAGAAGACUGGAAAAAGCCAGCUCUAUCUGAGAGAGACAUAGAAUUUAUAGAACAGAAAAUAGAAGUAAAUAAGGAGAGUGUAAAAUGUCACUUAACCAACACAAUACACAUGUAAGCUGAAUAUAUCACCGCCAUUACUCAGACAAUACUGAAUAGUCCUUCAUAGCCAGAAUAACAAAAUACUAACACCAUCACACCCAAUCAAAUAUAAAACAGAGCAUAAAACAUAAUUCAAAUCCACACAAACUGUCCUAACCUAAACCUCAGAACUCAAAUGACUUCCACC